GUUUCUGCCUUAGUUUCGUGUCGAGGAUCACGCGAGGAUCACGCUCGUUUGCGAGCGUCGUUAUGGCGAGACCCGGAAGUCGCGGGCGGUUGUUCGCGAGUGAGCGCGAUGUUCGCGCAAUUCUGAGAGGCCCGUCAGAUCUCUGAGGGAUCGUCGAGGAAUCUGAAGAAUCCGACGAGCGCCAGGCGAAUCUCGAUCGGAAUUAAUUUCCGCGGCUGUCGGCUGCGCCCCGGUCUGGCUUCGAGUUGCACGCGCCGCCUCGAUACAGUCAUCGUUUGUGCGUUGUCGAAUGUUGAAUCUCUCGCUGGAUCUCGAGUAACUUUCGUCUUUCUCUCGUGUUCUCCUCCCUUCUCGCAAUCUACCCUCGUACGUGAAAUAUUUCAUCGUUAAGCAAAUUCGCGAGAUUCGCGGUUAAUAAUAACCUGCGCGUUGCCAACUUGUGUAAACAGGCGGCUUAUCGAUUUUUCCGCGAAUGUUUGGGGAGGAUCGAUAUCAGUUUCAUUGGAAGUUAUUUAUGACUGGAUUUAUUAUGAUAUAAUUAUGUUAAGGGGAUGCCAAAUUGGACGACGAACUCGAGAAAUGUCGAUAACCUAGAGAAGAUCGUCAACACAGUUCGCUAACACAGUUGCGCUCUCUGCUCUUUUUGUAUUUCUUGUACACUAGCCGGCAUAAUAGCCUUAACAUUUACUAGGUUAUACAAGAAUUUCCUGACUACGCUCAAUAUUUCCGCGUAUUUGUGUAUCAUGGCUGAAUAUUCCAAGGAAACAACGACAUUAGAAUACUCAGGAUAUGCAAAAACAUCGCGCUUAGUCGAGAAAUCCUUUUGUAACUAGGCCUGGUAAUUGUUAAGGUUAUUACGUGGACAUACAGAUCUUAUGUAAAUGUGUGCUGCUUUGUUAUUCGCUGAAUAUCGUAAAACAAAGCAAAAUACAUUUACGUAUGUUCUGCAUGUAUAAAAAAUACGAAAAGGAUAUCGUAAUUGUGACGAUCGUCUCUGCGUUAUCGACAUUGUUCCAGUUUGUCAUCGACUCCAGCAUCCCCUUUAAGCUCCUACAUUUAGUUUUAAAGGUGUACCUGCAAUGUUCUUUGGAAUUUUCUUCAUUGGCGCAAACACAUGUUCAAUAUCUGCAAACCAUAGAACUUUUGCAUUACUCAAAUAUUUAUGCUGAUAGCUUGAGAGAAGUCAAUUCUGAAAAUUUUUAUCGUUUUCUCAUAUCGAGCUACACUCCAAUUCAAUUUUGCAUGUACUUUGUAUAAAAAUAUUUGUUAUUCAAUGUAAUCAAUACGACGUAAAGCGAAAAAGGAUCAGUAUUUUAUCGGUAAAAUUUUCAAGUAUGGCAUCCCUUUGAGAUCUUUCAGGCGCGAAAAAUGUUUUUACUUCUGCGUUUUUCACCGGUUUCAUUUCUUGAGAGUCAAUUUGUCCUUGAUGAGAACACCGAGACGUAGAUAACAUUCGCAUUAGGCACGACUGAAAAGCCGAAACGUCGUCAGACGUUGACGCCGUGGAAAAUCGAUGAAGCCGUCGCUCUUCAAUAAAUAACACCACGUUCCCGCGAAGGAAAUCCCCGAGACGGAAUUACGGAGUAGGGAAUCCAAUUAUCAACAAUCGAAGCUAAAUUGACGAGGCUGAAACGCGGUGUGUCACGCUCACUAUGUAGAUGAGGGAAUGUAAUAAGAGGACAGCCGCGAUCUGUGAAGGAGGAAAGUAGAAAAUGCCGCGUACGCGUACGGAGGUGUUCGACCCGAUGGAAGCGGAGAAACCGUCGAGAUGCAUCAGAUUCCUCCGGCUACUGUGGAAAUUCAGCAGAUGCGUAUUCUCCCACGUGACGCUGAUCUCCUUGGUGGUUGCUUAUUGUGUAAUCGGCGCGUACGCCUUCGAAAUACUCGAGGCGAAGCACGAGAAACAGGUGAAGUUGAGCAUCAAGGAUAUACGAGGUAACGUCUCGGAGAAACUAUGGGAAAUCACGAAGGAUUUCGACGUGUUGAUUCGCGAAAACUGGACGGAUCAGGCGUUGAGUCAGCUGAAGAAGUUCGAGGAGGAACUCCUGAAGAAAAUGACGAAGGAGGGAUGGGACGGCAGCGAGGAGGUGAAUACUAUUCAGUGGACGUUCGCCGGUGCUUUGUUCUACUCUAUCAUCGUCAUCACGACGAUCGGUUACGGUCACAUCGCGCCGAAAACGAAGAACGGCAAGGUAGUGACUAUAUUUUACGCUAUCUUAGGCAUUCCGCUCAUGUUGCUCUGCCUGUCGAAUAUCGGAGACGUGAUGGCGUCGAGCUUUAGGUUUCUAUAUUGGAAAGUGUGCUGCUACAUAUGCACAAAACCACCGAAAAAGCGACGAAGCCGUAAUACCUUCGCCAGAUCCUACUCCGUUCGUCAACCAGGGCGAUAUGGCUCGAGCAAAGGUCCAUUCCGCCGAUCCAUCAGGGUGAGUCAACGAUCAGCGGAUUCGGCCUUGGGGCUUUCCGAGAGUAUGACGAAGUCUUCAUACUCCGACACCGAUUGCAGGUACAUGCCCCGACGGUUUGAAGGAAGCGAGCUAAGGACACCGGGUGCUGAUGCGCUUCCCACGAAUCACCCAACAGAAGAAAGGGCAGCCACUAUGCCGCGCUAUUCAGAUGUCCCGGUGGCCACUCCGAGAAGCGUAAGAGCCAGUCCCAGGAUGACGACGCAGUCGUUAGACAGAAAAUUACUGAUGGGCCCGAGCGAUGGGACGGACCGUUCGCAAGUUCUCUGCAACAGAUACGCCCUGGAUGAUCUGGAGGACGAGAUGCUGAGGUGGCAGCCGCCACCGCCUCGAAAUAGAGUCGGAAACUUGGAGAAGCCGCAGAGCAACGGAACGACCGACGAGCCGGAUAACGCCGAAAAGCAAACUACUCUCAGUCCCAGAUCCUUGCCGAGGAGAUGCCUCUCCGUGGAAGGAGCCACGACAAAUAGUCAGAGAACGAGCUUGCAAUCGGGACUGCGACCUGCUCAGGUUUAUUUGGAAAUGGAGCAUAUGGGAAGGCCGCAAUCCACCAAGUCUAGACGCACGAGGAGCAAUUACUCCGUUGCGCGUUCUUAUAAACGCGGGCCAUCGCCGAGGAUUAUGUCGCCGAUGGGAUUCGCCGUGCUGCGACAAGUUUACGCGGACGAUAUUGAUUUUGACAACGAGUACUACGCCGCCACGGAUGACCAAGAAAAACAGCCGACCAAGCCCGUGCCCAUCUGGCUGUGCGUCUUCCUGGUCGUCAGCUACAUAUUCGGCGGCGCUUACCUUUUCAGCGAAUGGGAGAAGUGGCCGUUCCUCGACUCCGCUUACUUCUGCUUCAUCACGCUGACCACCAUCGGUUUUGGCGACUUAGUGCCGGCAUACAAGCUGGAUGCGCACAAGGGUAUCGCCCUUUGUUCCCUCUACCUGCUAUUUGGAAUUGCUUUGCUGGCAAUGAGCUUUAAUCUGGUGCAAGAGGAGGUCAUCAACAACGUGAAGAGCGUCGCGAAGAGGCUGGGUAUCAUCAAAGAGACUGACGACGAGGAGGAGGCCGAGGAGUACGACGAAUACGACGCCGAGUAUGAGGAGGAGGUCUAUGAAAACGAGCCCGAGCUCUGAUCCCGCGGUUUUCAGCCUCGCCAUUCGAGGAGAUCGGCGAUACGACGUGCCGUCAUUCAUCGUUGUCGCGUGAUCCCGCGGGGAUCCCCGUUCAUCUGUCGUCCUGACAUAUAAGUCAGCUCCGCAACGCGGCCAUAAGCAGAGCUAAGCUCGCGCAAAUCGAAUUCCCGAUCGAGCGAUACGUUUUAUCUGCGACGUUUGUUUUCUCGUCGCGCGAGCCGCCACGACGGCAAAUCGGAAUGAACGAACGCGAGCAAACUCGCGCGAGAUCGAUAAUUCCAGUCUUAAUUUUACCGUAUUAUUAUCGUGACCCAAAGCGAGAGAGCGCAGAUGGAGCGUUAGUAAGUCUCGUCUCUCCGACGAGAAAAUCAUUAUCGUAAACUCAUUAAAACGAAUAUAUUCGUUGAGUAAUCAUCAUGAGCUCGCUCGAAAUCAACUGACGUUUCCAGUAUUUUAUUCGGAUAUGAUCCAAUUUUGCCCGAGGAACUCUAGUCUUUUCUCAUCGGUCUUCGAGUAAUAUAUAUAUAUAUCAUUUGAAUUCUUCUCGCGCACAAGUCGGCAGGGAAUACGACUUGGAAAUUUUUCGAAUUUUAACACCACCUUGGAUCUCGUUACUAGACGAUAUUGAAAUAUAGAGGUUUACCGUUAAUUAAUACAUCGAUGAAACAAUGAAGCAAGAAACUGCAUCCAGCGGGAUGCACAGAAAAUACCGCUGCACAAUGUUACUGUAUAUAAUAUCGUGUACGUAUACGUCUAAGAAUCAGAUUCUAUAAAAUGAAUGAGAGAAUAAUUGCGAAAUGCAAUUAAAUUUGCAUACACAUAGCACAGCGGUGACUUUAAUAUUUAGUCGACAUUUGCAUUUUGAAUAUCUCCCCUUUAGAUUUCGUCCAGCGUGCUAGUUCGCGGUAAGUCUUAUGACUUAGUCACUAGACACGGAAAGUAUAUUAGAUAUAUAACUCUAUAUAUAUAUUCAUAUGUAUACAUUAAAUUAGGUUGUGCAAUUAUAGGUUCGAAAUAAUACUGAAACAUUAUAUCAUUUACCAGAUAUAUAUCAUAUUUAAACAUAUAAAUCUCAUAAAACUGUCAUUUCCCGUA